AUGGGUUCCAUUCAACGCCCUUACGAUGUUCUUAUUGUCGGUGCAGGUCUAUCGGGAAUCUGUAGCCUGCAUCACAUCCGCGAGCGCUUCCCUUCGUGGACUGUCAAGGUCCUUGAAGCCGGGGACGAUGUCGGAGGUACCUGGUACUUCAAUCGCUAUCCUGGUGCACGUUUUGACUCGGAAACAAUCUCCUAUCAAUUCUCUUGGGACAAAGAGCUCCUGAAUGAAUGGGAUUGGAAAGAGACUUUCGCCCCUCAACCCGAAACUCUGAGAUACAUCAAUCGGGUAGUUGAGAAGCACAAUCUUCGCGACGCCAUCCAAUUCCACACAAAGAUUAAGUCGGCCCACUGGCAGGAUCAAGAUCGUACCUGGAGAUUUGUUGAUGAUCGAGGCGCGGAGUACGAGUCGCGCUUCUUUAUCAGCUGCCUUGGUGUUUUGUCCUCACCAACAUUGCCAAAGGUCCCUGGGAUCAACGAUUUCAAGGGCGAGAUCUUUCACACUUCUCGGUGGCCCAAAGAUUUGACUUCCGACGCUUUCACCGGCAAAAAGGUUGGUGUGAUAGGGACUGGUGCCACCGGCAUACAGACUAUCACCGAGAUGUCCAAGUGGCCCCUAGAGUCUCUUCAUGUCUUCCAGAGAACUGCGAAUUGGUCUUGCCCUCUUCGCAAUUCUCAGAUUAGCAGCGCCGAAAUGAACGAUAUCAAGAAGAAUUACGCACAGGUUUUCCAACAAUGUGCGGAUAGUCCGUCAUGCUUCCUGCAUAAAGCCGAUCCUCGCAAAUCUUCGGAAGUCAGCCAGAAGGAACGUCUCGCCCUCUGGGAAAAGAAAUAUUCAGAGCCGGGCUUCGGCAAGUGGCUGGGCGUUUUCAGUGAUACCUACACAGACCGCGAGGCCAACAAACUAUACUCAGACUUCAUGGCCGAGAAAAUCAGAGCUCGGAUCAAUGACCCCACAAUCGCAGAGCAACUGAUUCCGAAAGAUCACGGCUUCGGGCUCCGAAGAGUGCCGCUGGAGAGUGGCUACUUCGAAACCUAUAACGACCCGAAAGUUCACCUUGUCAAUUUGCGUCAAACACCCUUCAAACAAGCAACGGAAAAGGGUCUGUUGACUUCUGACGGCAAGGAGUACGAGCUCGACAUCAUUGUCUGUGCAACGGGCUUCAACGCCAUUACUGGAGCCUUCAGUGAUGUAGAGUGGCAUGGCAAGGAUGACAGGCCACUGAUUUCUGACCAAGACCACGCCAUCUGGCAAAACCACAAGGCUCGCACAUUCCUCGGACUUACCACGGAGGCAAUGCCUAAUAUGUUUAUGGUGCUUGGACCUCAUCAGCCAUUUGGAAACAUCCCGCGAAGCAUUGAGCACGCCGUCGAUGUCAUUAUGGAGCUGCUGCAGUUCUGUGCUGACAAAGGCUACACUUAUGUUGAACCGACCAAGGAAGCCAUCGACGGUUGGACAAAGCAUGUCGUUGCUUGCAGCGAGGGUGCCCUCGCUAAUGAAAUCGAUAGCUGGCUCACGGGCGUGAACACCAAUGUCGAAGGAAAGCAGGAAAGAAGUGUGGCAAGAUAUACUGGGAGUGCGGUGGAAUACCGCAAGCGAUGCAGAGAAAUCAGGCUUGCAAAUUGGGAAGGGUUCAGCUUUGCGUGA